AUGGAGCAGCAAUCUUCAGCAACACGCUCACCUACUCGAGAAGAGCAACAACAGGCAAAUAGUGUGCCCAUCAAUCAGAAUCAACGUCCUCCAGUGAACUCUCAAGCAAUGCCGCAACCACAUAUGGUACACCCGUUUCGACCACUUCUUCCAGCUGGUUGGACUGAACAUCGUGCCCCCAAUGGAAUGUUUUAUUAUUAUAAUGCAUCAACUGGACAAAGUACCUGGGAAAGACCAAUAAUGCUUGCACCACCACCACCCAUGGGUGUUUCACCUAUGGGAGUACCUCAAUUAGUGCAUGGGGUACAUCCUUCUCCUUUUCAGUCCCACUCCAGCAUGAUGUCCAUGCCGAUGCUUCACCCAUCUACCAUGAAACAACAAACGACUAUGCAAGGGACAUCCCCACAACAAGCUCACUCCCCGAAAAAGGAGAAACGAAAAGAGAAGAAAAAGAAAGAAAAGGCCAAGGGAAAGAACGUAUUUAUUCCGAGACAAAUCGGCGAAACUUCAUGGUAUAUUGUAAAGACCACGGAAGGCAAUGAAUUUUACUAUAAUUCCGAUACGAAACAGUCGGUAUGGGAAGUUCCGGAAGAGGUUGCGGACGAAGUGAAAAAGAUUAAGGAGCAGGAACUGAUCGAGCAAUCAAAAGUUAGUGAAAAUGGUGGUUCAAAGAGAAAAAUAAACGAAACGGAGGAAGAUAAUGCCGGCGAAGAUCCUUCAUUGAAGAAAGCUCGAGGUACUGAAGAAGGACAUGAGGGGACAGAAUUGACUGCAGAUGAUAUUGCCUACCAACUUCAAUUUAUGGAAGAAGAAGAGUUGGAUGGAACCGAAGAAGCCGAAAAUAAUCACGACAUCAAUACACGUAUUGAGGGAGAGAAUUUUAAUAGUUUACUUAAAGACAUGAAUGUUUCACCAUUUGCCGUGUGGGAGAAGGAGCUACCGAGAAUAAUACAUGAUCCUCGAUAUACAAUAAUUUCCACUUUGAAGCAACGAAAAGAAAUAUUUGAUGAGUAUUGUAAAGAAAAAGUUGUCGAAAUGAGAGCAGAAAAGAAGAAAAAAGCAAAGACUCGCUCUGCUCAAGAGGAAUUCGAGAAAUUACUUGAAGAUGAGGUUUCACUUGGAACUCACUGGGAUGAUUUUCGCAGGAAAUUUAAGCGGGAUCCGAGAUUCAAAGGUUACGACAAUGAAAAAGACAAGGAAAAAAAAUUUCGAGAGCACGUAAAAUAUUUGAAAGAUAAGGAAGCAAAGAAAAGAAAAGCACAACAAAAAAGAGCAGAAAAAGAGUUUAUAGAGCUAUUGCAAGAGACUAGAGAGAUACAGUACGAUUCCAGUUGGCGAAAGGUAAAACGAAUAAUUGAUGAAGACCAUCGAUAUGAGGCACUAGAAUCGGAAGAUCGAGAACGAUUGUUUCGAGAGUAUUGUCGAAAGUUAGAGGCGGAAGAUGAAGAGGAGAUGGCCAAAAGAGAGGAGGAACGUAAGCAGAAAGAACGAAAAACCAGAGAGGAGGCUAGCUUAAGAAAAAGAGAAGCAGAAGUUCGACGGGAAUUAAGUUUUCACAAUCGGAGUAAAGAUCUUGUGAAAAAAACCGCACUACACGACGAAGCAGUAUUAGAAUUUCAAGGUUUAUUGAUCGAUAUGAUUCGAAGUCACCAGGUUACAUGGGAGGAGAAAAGGCCUGAACUAGAACGAGACCCACGCUUUCACAAUGAAAGCCUCGCGCUUGCAGAUAAGAUUAGCCUUUUCGAAGACCAUCUCACAGAUAUCUACCAAAAACGUUUAAAAGCAUACCAUGAGCUUCUAGAUCAACAUGUAAAAUUGGACACUACAUGGGUUGAGCUACAAUCCAUCGUAAAAGACGAUCCACGCGCGGUCAGACUCUCUAAACAAGAAUCUGUAUUGGAACCGUUAUUUGAAAAAUACCUCGAGUCUCGGAUACAAAAGGCCACCGCCGAAUUUAAACAACUGCUGCAUGAGAACCAAUUCGUCGAAUAUCGUGCUAGAAUGGUGAAGCUUUCGGAAGAUGGCGCAACUGACGAGACUGGCGCCGGCAAAGAGAAAGCACCUGGGUUGACUAUCGAGGAGAUACACGACGUUUUAAAAGAUGACCAAAGAUACUUGAUUUUAAAUCCUAUGCCCGAACUUCGAGAGACCAUCAUCAAAGAAUAUCUAGAAAAUAUCGAAACUCCGAGUCUUACUGUUCAUCAAGGAAGAGACUAG